AAUGCAGCGAUCGCCUUCUUCAACCUUGGAACUCUUCAUCUCUGAACAACCGAAACAACCCAAGGGACUCAUUUCUCCAAAAGUUCAGAUCUUUACGAGUUUUCUGCAAAAUGAGAGACUUGGUCUCUUGUUUCAGCGAGAACGCAGUUGGUGUAUCUCAUUCUUCAUGUUCUAGCUAUUCCAAAAAUGCUUGCAUCUCGCCCACUCUCUCACCUUCAACCCAAAAUUCAGUCUCCUGCGUCUACAAAAUCGUCCUCUCUACGCAGAAGCAGCUGAUAAUCACAGUCACAUGGUGUAGAACCCACUCGAAUCAAGGAUUUAGCUUGAGCUUCGGAGAUGAGGACCCUACAAUUGCAGCUGCAGCAUUCAGACUCAACACAAAUUCACGAUUCUUCAGGAAGAAGAAAGGAAGCAAGUUUCUCGAAUCUGACGACUCAAAGAUCGAAAUCAUAUGGGAUCUUUCAAAUGCUAAAUACGAAUCUGGCCCCGAACCCGUUGAUGGGUACUCUAUUCUAGUCCUCAUAGAUUCGGAAAUUGGCCUACUUCUCGGGGAUGUGCGAGAAGAAACAGUGACAAAGAAGCUCAAAGCCAAUCCCUCAAUAGCUAAAGUCUCCCUAAUCUCUCGGCGAGAACAUUGUUCUGGAAAUACCCUUUACACGACGAAGGCGCGGUUCUGCGACACAGGGUCUUGGCACGACAUUUUGAUCAAGUGCAGCGGAGAAAACGAUGGAUUGAAGUUUCCAGUAUUGUCAGUCUGUAUAGAUAAGAAGACUGUGAUUCGAGUGAAGAGGCUGCAAUGGAAUUUCAGGGGGAACCAGACGAUCUUCGUCGAUGGGUUGCUUGUGGAUCUGCUAUGGGAUGUUCAUGACUGGUUUUUCAAUCCUGUUUCUGGGCUUGCGGUGUUCAUGUUCAGAACUAGGAGUGGAAUGGACAGCAGAUUGUGGUUAGAAGAGAAGAUGGCACGGAAGGAGAAAGAUGGAGUGGAAUUCUCCUUGUUGAUCUAUGCCUGUAAGAGCACAUAAUGGUAACUUCAAACUUGUAAUCAUCAUUUAC